AAAGCGAUUUUUGUAAACAUCGAUAUAUCGUGCGCAUCUCUACUGCGCAGCACGUGGGUUUGGCCGGUUGGCGGCUUGCUUGGGUCGGAAGUUGUCGACGACUCCGCAUCACAUUGUCGUUUGGUUUGGCGAAACGUGAAACCUGCUGCGCAUUGGUUCUGUUACCUGACUAUACAUUACGUUUAUUUUGAUUUGGAAUUUAAUGUACUGUUUACGUGACUGAGCAAACUAAACCAUUGUAAUAAGGAGGAUCUCUUUAAAACUAUGAAUUCAGACGCUGAACGUCCCUCAUCUGCUGAAUAUGAAAACACCUACUUCGAUUCAGACCUUAUGGCGGAAGCCAUGGCAGAUGGAGUUACUGCUCAACUGGCAACUGCAGGACCUGUAGGGGUUGCAGCAGCUGCAGCUAUUGUUUCCACGAAACGACGGAUGAAGAAACCUCCUACAUUUGAGACCGACCCAAGCAUAAGGAAAAGAUACCAAACAAGAAUUCUUUUAAAAUUACGUCGAAUAAUAGACGAGUACACCACAAAAGUUGGUCAACAAGUGGUUAUCCUAGCAGCAACACCAGGGAACCUACCCAAUGGAUAUAGAGUAUUUGGGGCUAAACCUCUUGAAGGAAUAAUACAAAAUCUGAAAGAGACAAUUAUGGAGGAGCUAGAACAAGCUUUAACUGAACAGGCACCCCUUCCUAUUGAGGAUGAUCCUACACUCUUUGAAUUACCUCCUCUCAUGAUUGAUGGUAUCCCAACACCAGUAGAAAACAUGACUCAGGCACAACUUCGAGCUUUUAUUCCUUUGAUGAUGAAGUAUGCUACCGGAAGAGGUAAACCUGGAUGGGGAAAAAAAUGUGACAGGCCUCCAUGGUGGCCUAAAGAAGCACCUUGGGCUAAUAUUAGAAAGGAUGAACGUACACAAGCUGAAAAACAAAAGGUACCCUGGAGAUGUGUUUUAAUGGAAAUUGUAACAAAUUGUUACAAGUUUUUUGGAAGGGAAGAUUUACUGCCUACCUACGUAAAGAGUAAUAAGAAUAAUAAUGCGGAUACGUUACCUAAUACCAGCAUAAUGAAAAAAUUUAAAAACCGAGCAGUAAUUAAAGCCCGUCACGAUCCAGUUAUAGACAAUAAUAUGCAAGUGAACUCCAACGGUCCGAUCUCAAUUCCAAAUGCUACAGAUGCUCCACAAUCUCAGAAUUUGGAAACGGCGGAAAAUAAUACAUGCACUGACAAUACUAUGCAACCGAUAAGCGAAGGAAGUGUUCUAGUUAAGAGAACUGAUGAAAAUUCAGUCCUUGGUACAAGCGUGAACUCAGGAAGUCAGCUUAUUUUGAGUGCUGAAAAUGUAUAUGGUGUUACAGCCAACGGAAGCCUAAUUACUGUUCCGGUGACCCCGUCUAUGUACACAGCGAUAGUCACAAAUAUCCAAGGUUUAUACCCUAAAAAUGCUGACAAUUUGGAUCAGCAUGGGGUUCCAGAAGAUGUAAAGGUUGAAUCAAAUAUCGAAGAAAAUAUGGUUUCGGGAGAUGAGGCUCUGACAAGUUCCUCAAGUAAUCCUAAGCCACACACCAUACUUAUUGUUCGCUCUGGAAAUGACGGCACUCAAGUCUGCCAGGUUUUAUAUCUCAAUGAUGGUAAAUAUUUAUCAAACGAGAUGCAGCACACUGAAGUUAAGACCGAAUAGACCAUUAGUUAGCAAUAGCUUACAAAAAAUAAAACAAUACUGCUUUUUUCUUUGUUGUAAGCAAUUAUUUUUUUGUAUAUCCUCUUUAUUAUUUAAGUUAGGUUAUUAUAAGUAGGUAUGUGUUAAAAGAAUUUCGUUUCUAAUUUUUUUUUGUUUUUUAGUUUUUUUGUACUAUAGAAAUGCAUGCUAUAUAUACACCCCUUGCUUUAUAUACACCUAUAACCUAAAAAAUGUAAGACAGAAAACAUAAUCUUUUAGGGAAUAUCUGAUUAAACCUAUACUUAAGUUAUUCGGCAAUAGCUGCUUUAUUCCAUAAAACCGUUUUUAAUGUUUUUAUAGAUUUAAGUAUUUUUAAGUGUGAGAAAACGUAUUUAUAUUUGUUGGGUUUUCAUUAUUUUUAGUUUUACUUUUUAGUAUUAUUUUUAAGUCCCGCGAAAGAAAAUUGCUGUUAUUUCUUUCUUUUAGUAGUAUUA